GAAUUUUGCUGCUUCUUUUCCAAUAAUUUCCCAUUUUUAUUUCGACUCCCUGGUUGGCAAACAGAUUUUGCCUUUGGAGAAAGCUACCUAAGUAAAUCGUGUUACUGUUGGUGGUGGAGGUGGCGGUGCUGAAAGUGGUGGUCGAAAACGUCUCGUUGCAGUCCGCACUGAAGUUAGUCACGAUUCGAACGCAUUCCCAGAUCAGGUGCGUUGUGUUGCUGCUGCUGCUGCUGCUGCAUUUCGGAAGUCAUCAUCGCGAUAGUCACGACCCCUUGGCAGGAGAAACAGUAGUACCUGCUUUAGACCAUGUCCACCAAAAAACCGGACGUUGCUGACAGCUGGGAAGAGAUCGACGAGGAACGGUUACCCGGCACCAUAUCGAUAUUGAAAAACACAUCCAACAACACGACAGGAACGAGCACGAAGGUAAACAGUAGGGCCUCCACGAGUGCCGUGCGUCAACAGGACACGUUAUCGCAAACGCUGGAAGACGAAUUGCGGCCGAAGAUGGUGCCACGACCAAUGCAAAUCUUGAAGCGUCCGCAGUCGAGCGCGGGAACGGAUGGCAAAAGUCCGGUAGACAACAAACCCAAGACACAGAUCAAAUCGCUCGACCAGCGCAAGGAGGAGUACGCCAAAGCGCGGUUACGUAUUCUCGGGUCGGCACACGAUGAAGAGGAAACGGAGACAAAGAAAGCAACAGCUACGACGACAACUUCGAAUUCUACCGGCACUAACGGCCUUCGAAUAGGCAAUGUUAACAAUAAUAAUAAUAAUAAUAAUAGCAACAACAAUGGGAUUGGAGGUAACAGUGGAGUGGGGGUCGGUGGUGUCGGUGUAGUUGGAAACCCCGCAAAUAGCAGUGCGAAUAACGCCUACCGUUACUAUCCACCGUAUCGGCAACAGGCGCCCAUUGGAACGUUCCCACCGUCGAUGCAAAACGGUCCACCGCCACCACCUGGAGCUGGUCAGUCCGCCGGAAUGUACUACCCUCAUAUGGGUAACCAAAGCCAGCAUCAUCCCAUGCACAGUCCACACCACCCACUGCAUCAUCCCCCAAGUGCGUUCCCGCACGUUCCACACCAUCACCAUCAUCUGCAGCACAAUGGCCAUCCGUACCAGCAUCAGCAACACUUUGGGCAGCAUAUAAACUCUGCACCGGGCACCCAACAUAUGUACGGUGGUCGUAAUGGGGGAAACGUACCCGGUGGAUCGGGUUUCUUUCCCAAGGGGGGGCCGUCAUCGUUCGCCGAAGUUAACGGUGGGGCACCGCUGCUCGGACAUGCUCCACCCGGAGUUCACCCGAACCACCCGUACGGUGUUGGUGCCACUGGCGGGUAUGGACAGGCAAACGCCAAUCUGGUCGGGCACGGAGGAGCCAACAUAAGCAACAAUCAGCACGUGCUGCGUCUACCAGCUGGACCGGACGGUUCUCAAGGAUUCAACGUGCGGCGGUAGCUAGCUGAAGAUGGUUGAGGAUAUGUAGUGGUGGCCGGGUCAGUGAUCAAGAUGGCACUUUCCCUCUUACCUUCGCUAUCUCGACCUGCGCAUGCAGCAUGCCGAUAAAAAAUAGGUUAGUUUCGAAAGAUAAAGUUGGUUUCCCGGUUUCAUUUUUAACAUUUACACCAUACCAUACUUGUUUGUGGAAACAUUGCGCUGAAAAACUGGCAAUUCUAUUCAAACACCUCUCCCAUGUUUUCUUCUAAUCUUUCAAGAUGAAAACGUUGUCUUGCUCCUAACCUUAACCACAAACCCGCAAUAAGGCUCGCUAACGAACGCUUCUCUUACAUUUAACAUACCCUUUCCGGUGCAGGUACUCAGGCAAAACCUAUUAACAUGGUUUUUUUUCUGUAAACUCUUCCGUAGCAAACUUUUUCCUACCCCUCCACAAAUGUUUGAAAGUAACUGUAUCAUAACGGAAAGUUGUAAAAUGAUUCGCGAUAAGUUAAGUUUCUUUGCUGUUUGUGUAUGCACGUGGGACCGGAACACUAGGAACGAAUUGGCUGUUGUUAGGCAGAAUCGGACCCAGAUUAAUGAAGAGCGGUUUUAGGUUUUAAGAAAAGGAAACGUUAAAGGCAAAAGAUGACGAGCAAUCCGCGAGCAACAAGUAGCCAGUCAAAAGUCCCGUGCCUGGGAGUGACGAAGGACACAAUGUUGAUAUGUGUUUCCAUGUUACACACACACACAUACAUGCAUUGGCGCCUCAACAAUCAUAUAAAAUAUAUUUUUUUCAUGUUUUUAUAUUUUAUGAGUUAUGUACGUAGUAUAUGCGUUUAUAAACAAUGA